ACAUCCCUUUAGCAAAGCCGUCAAACUGCCCUGCUGUCACUAAAGUAUAAAUUUUCUGAUGCAAUUUCAUCUGUAAAGAAUAGCUGAAAUUUGAAAUUGUUCUCUUAUUCCUUGGGCAUAAAUCAUCUAAAAUGGAAGGUGAAGACGGGUUCGAUCCUACUUUGUUGAAGAAGAAAAAGAAGAAGAAGACCACAUUUGACUUGGAUGCCGCAUUGGGACUGGACGAUGCUGGAAAGAAAGAAGACCCCAAAGAUGAAGCAAGUGCUGUUUCAACAGCAGCUGAAGUGGACGAUAAUCUGGAUUUAGAAAGCUUCGGUAAAAAGAAGAAGAAGAAGAAGAAGCCCUUCAACUUAGAUGAACUGGAAGGGGCGUUGCCUGAUGGCGCGGACGAUGCCACUGCUGCAGCAGCAGAAGACCCUGAGGAAGAAGAGAUUAAUUUGGACAUGGACUUUACAAUGGCCAAAAAGAAGAAAAAGAGCAAAAAGAAAGAUUUGGAUGAACUGUUUGCGGACAAAGUGGACGAAGAUAAAAGCGAAGACAAAGAGAACCUUGAAGAUAACAGCAGCACCUGGGCUGGUUCGGAUCGCGAUUAUACAUACGACGAAUUGCUGAAACGCGUCUUCGAAAUCAUUCUGGACAAGAACCCAGACAUGGCAGCUGGCCGUAAGCCCAAGUUCGUGAUGAGACCACCUCAGGUGCUUCGUGUAGGCACAAAGAAAACAUCAUUUGCCAACUUUAUGGAUAUUGCGAAAACUCUGCAUCGUCUGCCGAAACAUCUGCUAGACUUUCUGUUGGCCGAGUUGGGCACAAGCGGCUCGAUGGACGGCAACCAGCAAUUGAUUAUCAAGGGUCGCUUUCAGCCAAAGCAAAUUGAGAACGUGCUGCGUCGCUAUAUUAAGGAAUAUGUCACCUGCCACACCUGCCGCUCUCCAGAGACAAUAUUGCAAAAGGACACGCGUCUAUUCUUUCUACAGUGCGAAUCCUGCGGUUCUCGGUGCUCCGUUGCUAGCAUUAAGUCUGGUUUCCAAGCCGUUACAGGCAAGCGUGCCGCCAUUCGAGCAAAAACCACAUAAAUUACUUGUAUACUUUUAAUUGGAUUUUUUAUUGAUUAAAAUUUCAAUUUAUAUACAAAAACUCAA